CCUGGAGUCCACAUCCCUCGCAUACAUUUUCCAUCAGCAAGAUUCGAAGCCGCGCCUCCACGCCGGAGGCGAAUAGACCGGCGCAUGGCGUCGACGGCGGAAGCACUGAAAACGACCACGGUCUGGCAGUCUGCCCACCUUGUGAAUACAGGCGGGUGUCGAUGCUCCUUCUCCCCUUCGAUGCGGACCCUUCUUCUUGCUGGGAUCCCUCUCCAAUGCGCUUCUCCCCUCGCUGCGAUUACUGCCUCUGGCAAUUCAUGUCCGACGCGAUGCUUCACUACGAUCCCCGCGCGCCGGUGAGGCUUUCUGGCCCCAUGGACAUCGGCCAGCUGAAUAGAUAUGGGGGGUGGUGGGACCCAGGCUUAUGCUCGGAGCUGUUCCUUCGGACGCGUUCCUUCGCCUGCAU